AAGACUGCUAAUUUUCAAAGGUUAAAACGAUCCACUGCACUUCGACUCCGUCUCAAUUAUUCUCCAUCGCUCUUGCUCUUUUCUCUUCGAUCCUACUAUUCCCAAGAAUCUCUAUAUGCCUGCACUACAAUCCCACCUCUACAAGCGCGGAAACUGGGCGAGCAGGGAACGCGGGGUAAUCGUCGUCUUCUGUAUUAUCGGCGCAAUCGCAAUCCUUCUCGGAAGUAUAUUCAUUCACAAGAAGCUUGCGGCGAAGAGAGCGAGAUCCCAGAAGUGAGCGUUCUGGGCCCGUGUGUGUGCGAUAAUGAGCGGGGGUGCUUUGUUGUAUUUUACUCGUGUGCUUGAAUGUGGGCAGGGAUGGAUGGAUGGAUGUAUCAGAUUUGCUUUUUUUUUUUCCCGUUCCCCUCGAUACUGGGUCGAUUGAUUGAUUGAUUGAUUGAUGGAUGGAUGGAAGGAUGUAUGUAUGGACGGAUAGUCGUAUGAUAAUACCGGUACUCGUGCGGGGAUGUAUUGAUGGAUGGAUAGUUACGAGCUCUGCUGUGCCAGCGGAGGCCAGAUUGGUAAACGGGAUUCUC